CAGCGAGACGAUGCAGUGAGGCGGACAGCGGGCUGGCGGGAGGUACCGAGCCGCACCGAUGGCCCCGGUACCACAGACAUGGCACGAUCCGGUACCAGGAGCUCGGUGGACGUGGACCGCGGAGAGCUGGCCGAGCCUCAGGAACUGUCUCUGGAGGAGGUGCUGAAGUCCUACGAGCAGCCCAUCAACGAGGAGCAGGCGUGGGCGCUGUGCUACCAGGUGUGCAGCGGGCUGAGGGCGGCCGGUCCGCCGCAGUCCGCCGACCCGCGGCCCGCCGCGCUCCGCCGGCUGAAGGGCCCCGCGUCCAUCCGCUUCCACAGGGACGGAACCGUGUCCCUACAGCUGGAACCACACAGCGAUGACACUUCUGGACUUGAAGUUUCACAUCCUGCAGAGUCUCAGCUUGUCCAGUCACUGGGCGUGGCCAUCUACCGGGCACUGGACUGGGGUCUGGAUGACAGUGAGGAGCGGGAGCUCAGCCCACAGCUGGAGCACCUCAUUGAGCGCAUGACUGCAGAUGACCAGGGCCUGGAGGACAGGAGUAGUGCUGGUGGUUGCAUGAAUGACGAGGGUUACAGCGGGCAGGAGGACGAGGAGGAGGAAGUGGAGCAAGGAGGAGACACAAGGCCAGUGUCGACCAUUCGCCAGGUGAUGGCGCUAUGUGCUUCUCGCUUGGCCAACCCAAGCUUGGCUCCAGAGCAUUAUCAAGCCGUGUGCAGAGCUCAGUUUCUGGAGACGCUGGAGCUGCAGACCUUCCUUAUAAAGAUCAGAGAUGCAAAGGAGAUGUUGAAGAAGAUGACAACGGACGAAGUUCUGGAAGGCGGGGCUACGGCGGAGCUGGACGCCCUAAAGCACAGGGACUGGGCGCGUCUGUGGGUCCAGCUGAUGAAGGAGCUCAGGCAGGGAGUGAAGCUAAAGAAGGUGCAGGAGCAGCCGUUCAACCCGCUGCCCACUGAGUUCAGCCUGACGCCGUUUGAGAUGCUGAUGGAAGACAUUCGAGCACGACGGUUCCAGCUCCGCAAAGUCACGGUGGACAGUGACAUUCCAAACAGUGUGAAGAGAAAUGCUCAUGAACUGAUCCUGGAUUUUAUUCGGUCAAGACCUCCACUCAAACCAGUUUCAGAGCGCUGCCUCCCCCCUCCUCCUCCACGGAAACAGUCCCUUCACGACCAGGUCCUGGCUGAGAUCAAACAGCAGCGACGGCUCCGCCCAGUGGGCCCUCCGUGCUCCAGAUCGUUCGGCUCUCUUCCCUGUCUGGCUCACUCGUGUUCCUGUAGCGUCAAAUCCACCUCCUGCAUCGACCUGUCCACCUCUGAGGCUGGGCCCCGCCCCCCAUCCCGCCCCCGUGUCCUGCUCAAGGCCCCGACUCUGGCUGAGAUGGAGGAAAUGAACAUAUCUGAGGAGGAAGAGUCCCCUGGCAGUGGUGACCUAAUGAGGAACGAAACCUCUCCAACACCCAUGAAAAGAGACCGUUCCUUCUCCGAGCACGAUUUGGCUUUACUCCGCGGGGAAAUGCUUCCUUCCCUCUCUGAUUCCAUCGGUCUGGGUCAGGCAAGGGAUGAGAGGCCUCAUUCCAGAACAGGAACUGGUGCCGGGUAUCCUCCUAAUCACAGAGCAUCCUUCCCCCCUCCUGGCUGGGCGAUGCCCUCUUCAGUCCUCCAUUCAGUUCAGGGGAGCACAGAGGGAUCUGAAUCAAUGCAGCGCUGUCAGGCUGGAGAGGAGCACCAGUGGAUGGAGGAGUUCAGCCACCCUGUGGAGAGUCUGGCCUUAACAGUGGAUGAGGUUAUCAACGUGCGCCGAGUGUUGGUCCGAGCGGAGAUGGAGAAGUUUGUUCAGAGCAAAGAGCUGUACAACAGCCUGAAGAGGGGAAAGGUUUGCUGCUGCUGCAGAGUGAAGUUCCCGCUCUUCUCGUGGCCUUCCACUUGCCUAUUGUGUAAAAGACCUGUUUGUGGCUCUUGUAGAACAAAGAUAAAGAUUCCCUGCAAGAAGAUGGCUCACAUUCCCGUGUACACUGUGGGAUUCCACAACACUCCAAACAGCCAGAGACACAAGAGCCAGUUCCACAAGUUCCGCAGCUUAUCCCAGCACGCUGUGGAGGACGAGUUCCCCCACCUUUACGCGCUCGGCUGCACCCUGCGGGACAUUUGUGCAGAAUGCACCAAAUUUGUCGCUGAGGUCAUUUCCUCGAGCCGCCGAAGCCUGGACAUCAUCAACAGCAGUCCCAGGAGGAGCUCCAAAGCUCAGAGGCCACAGAAGCCGUGUCCAUCCCACCCGGAGGCGCCCACUCAACUAGCCCCACCCCAAAGCUGCUCGCCCCAUCCGCCAGCAGCUUCCUCACAGUCACAUGACCUGCUCCCCUCCUAGGACCACAUCCAGCCAACAGUCGCACUUCUCUCCACUGACGAGCACUCCUUUGUCUCUGAUGUAACUGUGUGGUGGCACGGGGGGCACAUAGACACAGCAAAUAAAAAGAAAAAAAAUCUUAGUUUUUCAGUGGUCACAUGUUUCAGUAACAGAAAUCAGAUCAUUUUCACGGGGUGGGGGUGGUUACAUGUCUGACAGUCUGUGGAUUGUUGGGAAAAGACGCCCCUGGUGGACAAAGAAGAGUCGAGUCGCGAUUAUCUGAGUGAGAAUUUGGCGGCUGCGCUCGUCUCGUUUCUAAUUGGUCGACAUUAACAGGUGGGCACAUUUUUUUUUCUUCCAGCGCAGUGUUGAACAUCAUCAGUGUCAUUUUUGCUGCAGAUGCAAACAGUAAAAAUGAAAAAUGUAUCACAGUGAUGAUGAAAACGAGCGGUUGGCCCAAAUUGUAGUUUUUGUAUAAUUUGAUGGUUUCUGCGCUGAUGGGCUGCAGUGCAAUGAAAACACAUGCACGAUGGAAACGUGUGUGCACGAUAGAGCUGCGUGUGCACCUGGAGGAUUUUUCUGACUGCUCAGUAAGGGCUCAUUCAGGGUUGUUUGGUGAAAUAUGCAGUGACCUUAAUAACUGUUAUAAAGUUGAAGUUGAUUUGAGGUUGUUGCUUUGUUUUCUUUUUGUUUUGUACUAUUUUAACUGUUUUCGGGGCAUUGUGUACAUGGCUUCACUUUUUCGUUUUAAGAGCCAAUUUUUAUAAGAGUCAGCCAGGCUGUGAUAGUGACCAACUCAGAUUUUGCUCAGACUUUGGUAACAGGAUGCACCCUCCACCAAAUGAACAUACACCAAACAUUUGGGCCAGAUUCCCUACGGUGACCUUGCCGGGGUCAUCAAAGUUCACACCCAAUAUGGCCUAAAACUGGAAUUUGGUGAACAGGGAAGUUUUAGACAGCUCUUACAUGAAAUACAUUCAAUCCCAAUCAAUUCAAUGAUAAUUCAUUAAACGAGUUAGACACCAGAGGGCGCCAAGGUUGUAUGAAAAACACAAAUUUGACCACUUUGGCGCCGCCUGGUGGCCAACACAUACAAUCCCCCACUGAUUUUUUUGUUGUAUUAAAGAGGGUAAGUCUUGCCCUUUCUAAUACAAUUAAAAAUCUUGCUGAGAUUAAACGCGUAUUGAGUAAUAGCCUUCACAAAUAUGAGCAUUUCUGAAAAUUUGUCAACUUGGAGCGCCCCCUAUAGUCAACGCGUUCAAUCCCCCUACCCAGAUUAGUGAUUAUUUUGAAGAACUGUCCUCCUAUAAUACUUAAAUCACAAAAGGACUUUGGGGGAUUGAAUGUAUUUCAUGUAAGAGCCAUCCAAAUAUUUUCUGUUCACCAAAUUUCAGUUUAAGGCCAUUCUGGGUGUGAAAUUUGAUGACCCCUGGUGAGGUCACCGUAUGGAAUUUAGCCAAAAUUUUUGGUGUAUGUUUGUUUGGUGGUGGGAGCAUCCAGUUACCAAAGUUUUAGCAAAAUCUGAGUUGGUCACUAUCACAGCCCCAUGUAUAAACUGAUUCUUAUAAACAUUGGCUCUUAAAUUUAGUCACAUUUAGUGUAAAAUAAACUCUUAGACUUUAGCUGAAGGUGCCUUACCAGUGAUAGGUGAUUAAAUAUGUAUAUAUGUAUCUUGGCUGCUAGAAGUACACAAACGAGCCUUUAACCCACAUGUUUUCAUGUCAGACUAUGCAUGCAUACCUGCACACUGCUUCUGUGCGCGCCUGAGUGUGCGCAUUAUUUAAUGGACAUGCUAAAAGUAAACCAUAUUAUGGAGUCAUAUAUGAUCUUAUUCAUAAGAAUGAAGCAGCUCUAAAACAAACUGAACUAAA